AUGCACGUUUGCCCCACCGCGGCUCGAGUUCCAGCCUCUGCUGGCGGCGGGGCACUGCAGGCGCCCGGGUGCCCCUCAGUGGGAGGGAGCGAGGGGAGGAGGGACGCACAGCCGCCGCUAACAACACGUGUCUCCGUGAAGCCUGCGGAGAAAGUCUCCUCGAAGGUCACCUGGCGUUACUCUGAGUCCAAGCAGCCCAGAAUGCCUCGUGUGCAAGUGAUGGCCUCGCCCACGGGGGACCAGGAUCAGCCGCCGCUUCCUCGCUCACUGACCCCUACCUCCUCCUGUCUCCGCGCUGACUCCAGCCGGGGCGGUGAGUGGGACCACAGGGCGACUAGGAGCUGUUGCGAGUUAUUUGCAGCCUCCUUGGGCAACCUGAAAUGGUUGCGGUUCUGUCUGGUUGCGGAUCGUGAGGAAAUCCCCACCAAUAACAAGGGUUUCACUGCCAUCCACUUUGCAGCGCAGAGCGGCAAGCUUGAAUGCCUGCAGGUCUUGGUAGAAGAGUACAAGUUUCCGGUGGACCUGCCUACCCACAAUGGCCAGACACCCCUGCACCUCGUCAUCCACAGGGACAACAAGACCAUCCUCCUCCCCUGCAUUCACUAUCUGCUUAAGCACGGGGCGGCCGUCAACACUCAGACAUGCAACGGCUCCACGCCUCUGCACCUGGCAGCCCGCGAGGGCCUGCUGAGCUGUGUGAAGGUCCUGGUAAAGAAUGGUGCCAAUGUCCAUGCCCAAGAUGCCACGGGCUGCAAGCCCAUCGACUACUGCAAAAUAUGGAACCACCGCGCCUGUGCUCGGUUCUUGAAGGAUUCCAUGUGGAAACGGGACAAGAAGGACUUUGCCUGUGAGAUGAGGAAACUGAAGAGGCUCAAGGGCCAGCUGGCCCUCAUGGAGCAUGACUACCUGACUGAGUUUCAGAAAGAGCACCAAAUUCUGAGAGAAGCUGAUUUCAAGAAGUGGCUCCAUCGCAAGCUGCUGCCCGCAGGCCAAUCCCUGAUCUGCAAUACUGAACAAGAGCCCCAAGCCCUACCUCAGGCCAUCGCCCUCUCCAAGCCCCCCAAGAGUUUCUACCCCUCCCCAGAGGCGCUUCUGCAGCAGACCCCACAGCCCAAGCUGCAUCGCUUUGUGACGGCCAUGCCCAUCUACCAGCAGACUCCAGUCAGGAGGCCCAGGCUGUGGGAUCUCAGCACCAACCCCGCCAAAUCCCCCACUGCCCAGAUCGGCUACCCGCAGGGCAUCCGCCUGGGCGUGCACCCAAACCCUAGCCUGGAGCACGACUUCCGCAGAUUCCUCGAGGUCAGGUCUGAUGGGCACGGUGGUGCUCGGCUGCACACGGUGACCGGCCACGAGGUGACACCCGUGCCCCGGCUGCCUUUAGAGGUGAUAGUCCGUGAGCUGUACCCUCCGGCGCGGCCAUGCAGGAUGAAGGUGCCCCAGGGCUUUUACUCUGUCAGCAUGAGGGGCUUGGCCCGGAAGCGGCACUUGGGCGACACCACCUUCUGGACCGAUACUCUGGCCAUGAACCUGCGUGAGACAUUUGACGAAGCCUUCCUGGCGGCUGUGCGAGCCCAUCAAGGGCUUCCCGCUCUGCCCUCCCCCAUCCCAGCCCACCCCCAUAAACUUAAGCUGGUAGCCUCUCGACCUGAGGCAGCCCCGUGA